AUGGAAGAUCCUGCUGUGAAAGGAGCAGUACAAAGAAAGAAUGUUCAGACAUUGAGAGCAGACCCUCUGGAUCUUCUGCAGUUCUGCGUCACAGAUUCAGUACCCAGAACUUGUGUAGAUGUGGCCUAUGGAGCUCAGGACCCUCUGGCCCUUCCAGCUCCCAAAGCCGAACAACUUCAUGGUGACCAACUGAGCCUGGCAAAGCCAUUGGGCGCGUGUCUGCACAGCUCCCGGAAGUCGCUCGCAGGCUGUGUGUGCUGGCAGGUGGAGUGCUGCCUGGAGCGCAAGAGCAGACACGUGGAUGCGGUGGACAAGCAGCACAGCAGCGUGUCCCCGAGAAAGUGUCAGAGCCUUUACCUGGACCUUCCCAUGAAAAAAGGAAACAGUAUAGUCAAUGGGAAAGGAGAAGGGCCUCCUGACAAACAUUCUUCCUUGAAGCCUAGCACUGAAAUUGAAGAUCCUGCCAUGAAAGGAGCAGUACAAAGAAAGAAUGUUCAGACAUUGAGAGCAGAACAAGACAUACUAGUGGCUUCAGAGGAAGAUCAAGAAAGCCUUGAAAGAAGUGAAAAGAAGCAACCACAGCUAAGUUUAAAACAUGCACUCUGACAGAAAAGACAUCUGAGAAACAAAACAAGAAAAUUGGUUUUCACCUUUUGCACCUG